GCACUUCCUUAGCAACGCGGAGCUGAACCAGGAAGUACUUUGGUUUGCUCGAGCUUGCUGCGGUUAGCUCAGAGGAGUGACAGUGUGUGGCAGCAAAGUUGAGCCCACUUAAAUGUAUGAGUCCGUCUGUCGUUCGUGUGUUUGAAACACACGUCAGAUAAAGUCGUGUUGUCGCUGCGAGGAGCGACGCGAACACCGCUUUAAACUGGCACGUGUAACGAGACAUGAACAGCAGGAACUGUUUGGGAAGUGGAUAACGUCAACGGAUUAAAGAGAUGGGUGACAGCAUGCGUUAAUGCAGUCUGGUGGAUCUGCACUAUGAAUAGCACGUUUUUAGAAAACGUUUAUCUGUGUAUGAAAAUGAUUUUUCUUACCACUGUCUGAAAGGCCAUGAUAGGCUUGUCAAGUUAUGCAGGGGUUAUGGAAAGUCUAAUGAAUUCUGCUGAAGAGCAGCAACCCUCCUCUCUCCUGGCCAACAAGAAUCAAAAGCCCAAAUGUGUUGGUGGAUUUGUCUUAGUGCAUGCAGGAGCAGGAUAUCAUUCUGAAUCUAAGGCCAAGGAAUACAAGCAUGUGUGCAAAAGAGCCUGCCAGCGAGCUGUGGACCGACUCAAAGCCGGUGCACUUGCAGUGGAAGCAGUCGCCGCAGCACUGGUUGAACUUGAGGACUCUCCUUUUACAAACGCUGGAAUGGGCUCCAACCUUAAUUUGUCAGGGGAAAUUGAAUGUGAUGCGAGUAUCAUGGAUGGGAAAUCUCUGCAUUAUGGGGCCGUAGGGGCUAUUAGUGGUAUGAAGAACCCAGUCUUAGUUGCAAACCGUCUACUGAGUGAAGCACAGAAAGGGAAACUAUCAGCUGGCAGAAUACCACCAUGCUUUUUAGUGGGACGAGGAGCACACGAUUGGGCAGUCGGCCAUGGAAUACCACCGUGCCCUUCAGAGAAAAUGGCCACCAAGUUCAGUUUAUCUGCAUACAAGAGGAACAAGCGAAAGAUGGAGCUGGCAGAAAAAAUGGACACGGGACAUAAUCAGGCCAAAAAAAGACGACAAUCAAGUGAAAAUGAAAACGGCUCAGGGUGCCUGGACACAGUGGGGGCUGUUGUGGUCGAUCUGCAAGGAAACGUAGCUGCAGCGGUGUCCAGCGGAGGUCUGGCCAUGAAACAUCCCGGCCGGGUUGGCCAGGCUGCUCAUUAUGGAUGUGGCUGCUGGGCAGAAAAUGCUUGUAAUAUGAACCCUUACUCUACAGCAGUGAGUACCUCAGGCUGUGGGGAGCAUCUGAUUCGCACCAUGCUGGCACGGGAAUGCUCUGCUGCCAUGCAGUCUGAGGAUGCCCACCAAGCACUGCUGGAUGCUAUGCAAAACAAGUUCAUCAGCUCACCCUUUCUGGCCAGUGAAGACCGUGUUUUGGGUGGAGUAAUUGUCUUGCGCUGCUGCAGAUGUGUGGAACCUCAGCCAUCUCAAAAUAUUCAGGGUAUACUGGUGGAGUUCCUAUGGAGUCACACCACAGAGAGCAUGUGUGUUGGCUACAUGUCUGCCCAAGACAGCAAAGCAAAGACACACAUAUCCAGAUUACCACCUGGGACAGUUCCUGGACAGUGCUUGGCUAUCGAAGGAGGUGUGUGUCGACUGACGAGUGCAGUGGAGUGAGCCACACUCAACCUCCUUCUGGGCUUCUUCAGCAAUACUCCUUCACAAACCCUUUCACUCAAACCCAAACACACGUGCACACCGCCCUCACGUCCCCGAAGCCAGAAGUAAUAACCUUUCGCUGUUUUAGCAGGUGAACAGGAAGGAGGGAGGGGUGUUAGGCUCUACUUAGUGCACUUACAGGACUUCCCUUUGCCACUGUCUGCCUCCAGCAUGUACUCCAUAUCAAGCCCCCAGCUUUCCAGUGUCACCUGGAUUAGACUUGAUGCACCAGUUUUACUUUAUUACUCGUUUACUUUCCUACUAUUUUUCCUUUUCUAUAUAAGCUAUGAUUUAGGAAAACGGGGUGGAUGUUCAUGUGGUUUUGUAUCGUUGAACAGAUGUGACUAUUUUCGAGCAUUUAGGAAUUUAAAAUGCAAGACCUUAUUUUGUACUUAAAGUACUUUUCAAGUUUAAAAAGAUGUCCGACUGCACCGUGUGGAAUCACUGCUACUCAAGAUCAUUGUUAACGAGUGAAGCAUUUAUAGCUGUGAGAGUUGACCAGUCAUGAUUUACAAUGUUAGAACGUACAGAUCAACUUCCAUGUGCCCGUACAUGCAUAUCAUUAUUAAUCCUCCAACACACUGUAUAAUGUGCAUCUUAGAUCAUGAUGCAUUUUAUAGUCAUUCAGCCACAGAAUGCGUUGCUUUGAUUGUUUUAAAGUGUGAAUACAUAGCUAUUGCAUGUGCAGAAUCUACAGUAAGCCACUUUGUGUGACUGGCGUAGAGUUGAUCAAUAAGCAGGAAGCUAUGCUGAUACAUACAGGCUCAGGUAGCAGCAUUUGACCCCACCUCUAAACGUGACUGUUAGUCAUCAUUUAAAAACCACAGUUUAUAUUUGUAUUUGUAUUUGAGACAUGUAUUUUCUUAAAAAAAAAAAAAAAAAAAAAAAAAAGGACGGCUAAAGAUUAAUUUAUGUAUCAAGCCAAUGAAUUGGUUUGGUUGAGAACUGAACUGAAAGGAGUGAGGGUCUACAUUUCUGUUGGGAUAAUCGGUUCCUCUGGUUUUGCUGUUUCACUCAGUUACCGCUAACAAAACCAUAAUAGUUUGUUUAUUCUUUACUUGGAAAUGCAACUAAUAUUAAAUGGUAUAAGCUAUGGAAAUGAUGUGUGCACAGCUCAAUACAGUGCUCAAAAAGUAAAUAAAAUCUAUGUUGCCACA